UUGCCAUUUUAGGGUAACAAUAGACCGUAGUUUACACAAUAUAUGCGCCCAUUGCUUAUACCAUCCUCCACCAAUCCCUAAUGUCGUUCUCGACGUUCUCCAUCCACACCCUGGCUGAUGCGCCCUCUGCUGGCGCGCCAAAGCUCUUGCGCGCCAAAUCCGGAGCCCCUAAGACUGCGAAGGGCGGUCUCAACCCGCUCAGCCUCAAUUCUAAGGUGCUGCUAAAUCAACUCGACCUUAAUGACAACCAGAGAAAGAGGAUAAACGAACUUUACGCGUUGCAUGAUCGAUCUCCGGGGGAAUCAUCUCUUGUGGACCACAUUUUCGAUGACAAGGACCCCAUUGACCAAGCGCUCGCAAUGGACAUCCUGGAGAACGAGAAGUUGGACGAGGCAGCUUGCGCAGACCUCGGGAAUCGAUGGUCCCAGACUUGGAGCAACAAGACGGGCACCGUUGUCAAGACGCGCCGCGUUCUAUACCAAUGCACCUCGGGAUCCAUCAUAUCCAUCAAUCACAUGGCUGUUGGCCGAGAGGCCGGGCCUUCCUAAUCGGGAAGAAGACGGCCUGCUUCGGCUAGUAACCCAUAGCAUACCCCAUGCAUUUGCCUUUUACGCCUGGACCCGGCCACCAGAAUGACGGCUGCAUCGGUUGAACUCUCGGUUUCCCCCGAUGUCUUCUGCGAUUUUGCCUCGAUGGAUGUUUUGUCACGGGCUCAUCGACUCGGACCUCGAUGGUCGGGACGAGUCCAAUACUGGAUGAGGGGACUGGAGAUACGGAAUGUGUGUAUGGAGAAGAUUGGAGCAGAGAUCGAGGAACAGGUGGACGGGUUCGUCGAAAGUCCUGUUGGCGUUGCAAGACCGCGAGGGGAGCGGCUACUCCCGUAUCUUGAGUCUGUAAGCAGAGUGUACGACCCUUCCGGUAUGGCUGGCACAGUAACGUGUAAUGUUUGUGUCGUGAUAGAUAUGAAAUGUGCGCACCGCUGGAAAUGUUAACGAGUUUGAUCUGACUUGUUCGCCGUCCACAGACACCGCUGCCGCCCUCAGUCGACGCGUUUCUGCAGCGGCCGGGGUGUCUUCACAAUCUGGUUCUCGUAUACUGAAUGUUAUGAGCUAAUUGACGCGUUGUGGUGGAGGGGGCAAAGCUGACAGCGUAGGUGGAAGGGUCUUGGGAAGGAGUGAGAUCGCGUUGCAGGUCGAUAACAGACGGAAUUCUGGGACAGUCAACUUCUUUCUUAAGCUCAAAGGGUAGCAUGCCUACCGACUGAGGUCUCCUCCCUCGCCGGAGGCUCUAGUUUUCGCCUCUUCUUGGGUCGCUCCGUUGGGAUGAGUUCGAUACUUGUUUCUACGAAUCGAUCCAACGUCUCCUGCAAGUCAUCUGUCUCUGGUUGCACAGCGGAAGCUGUGUCAAAGAGAUUUGAGCGAGACACUGGCUCGACCGAUAACUGCAGUAGAUGGGGAUUUGAGUGCUUUGGAAACAUCGAAGGAAUGGCCGCCUCCAUCUUGAUGUGAUCAAUUUCGGACCGCACUGACGGCCCCAGUGUGGCACUAACUUGAGUGUUCCACUCUCUCAUCCAUCGUCUCCUCGCCUGGAAAUAUCCAUUGUUGGACAACCUCGGGAGGCAAAACGCGUCGAAUCAAUCUGAACAUUUGCCGCGAAUCUUUUGACGCGUCCAUAGCUCUCAUAUAGUGGGCGCUUCACCGAUCAUGGCGUUGUUGCGAUUUGCCCCUUCACCUACCGGUGCUUUGCACCUGGGAGGCUUACGUAUGGCCCUGUUCAAUCACCUGCACGCCAAAAAGUUGGGAGGGAAGUGGAUACUCCGAAUCGAGGACACAGACUCGACCCGUUUCGUCCCGGGUUCAGUCAAGGGCAUACAAAGCGCGCUUCAGUGGGCGGGGCUUGAAUACGACUACGGUCCCGACAGAGCAGGUCCUCAUGGCCCAUACCACCAGUCCGAACGUCUCGACCUCUACAACGCAUAUGCCACAAAACUACUCUCCUCCGGACACGCCUACCGCUGUUUCUGUUCGGUCGACACCCUUUCUCAAAUGCGAGAAAAGUUUGCAAGAGCUGGAUCUAACCAGUCGUACGACAAGCGAUGCUUGCAUCUCACGGAGGAGGAAGUCGCACGUCGUGUCCGGGCUGGCGAGCGAAGUAUCAUUCGGUUUAAUACUGGGGCUGUUACUCCACGACGGCCGAUGACUGACUUGGUGUUUGGACACCUGAAAGACGCGCACGGUUCACUCGCCACGGAUCCAAUCCUGCUCAAAAGCGAUGGCUAUCCCACCUACCACCUGGCAAAUGUCGUCGAUGACCAUGAAAUGACCAUCACUCACGUUUUGCGCGGCGAGGAAUGGAUGACUUCUCUUCCGUUGCAUCUGGACAUCUACUCUGCGCUUGGUUUGGAGCCUCCCCAAUAUGCGCACAUUCCCAUCCUGCUCAACCCUGACGGCACCAAGAUGAGCAAGCGACACGGUGACGUCAAGGUCGAGGACUACAUACGGCGAGGAUGGGAAAAGGAUGCCGUGUUGAACUGGCUGGCUUUGCCCGGGUGGGGAGGUCAGCAUGACGAGGCAGUCCAGCCUGAAGACGCGCAUCAGGCAAAAGACGCACCCUUGAGCACCCAAGUCAUGAACAUGGACCAGUUGCAGGCCGAGUUUGAACUUUCUGCACUGACACACCGUUCAUCCUCCCUCGAUCCUGGAAAAUUGGCGUUUCUGAACAGACAGCAUCUGUUACUCAAGGCUGCAUCACCGGAGGGCCUUACUGAUGUAGCACUGAACGUGAGGCGUUGGAUGGUCGACAACUUGCCUCUCGGUCAAAUUAGCGAGGAAUAUACCACCCCCCAAUACAUCCAGUCUGUCAUUCGCAUGCUCGACAGCCGCCUUGUGAAUAUCCACGACAUGGUCUCGCUGGCACCUUAUCUGUUCCUCGAGCCCGAAUAUGAGAACGAUGAAGCCCGCAAAAUGCUUCGGCGGGUCACACCUGAACAACAAGAUCGUAUCCUUACUUCAGUUGCUCAAGCACUUGAGCUUUUGGACUCAUGGACUGCAGAGGAGUUGCAUCACUGCCUCAGCGAAGAAAAGUUGCGCUUGAAUAUACCCACAUUCUUGCCAGUCAUCCGGCACGCGUUGACAGCCACCAAAGACGGGCCUCCUGUUCUUGAUUUGCUUAUCAUUCUCGGUCGUGAACGUAGUCUGAGGCGGAUCCAGAACCAAAUGAGCGACACAACGUUGAUACAAUCAACAUCGACAUAGAUAAUGACAUCAUUGCUUCUCGUCAACAGGAGGUCCUGCGUGAUUGUCCGAUUCCUCUUCGGGAUCUAGCAGCGCAGUAGCGCGCCAUCCACUGCGGAAUGAUAGAACGGCCGCUAGGAGGGAGAGAAUAUCCACAACAAGCUGAUAGAAAUUCAGUUGCUAUGCCACGAGAUGACCGCCAGACGCGUACCGAGUUCUUGAUAAUCCCUCCCGUGACUGACCUGAUAAGCUGUGAGCCCGUGGCCUCUCUCAGAGUGCGCUUGAAACACACCAGUGCAGCGCAAUGGGCAAAUUGCAGAUAUUCGUCAGCAGCCCGCUCCAAUAAGCGUCCCAGCGCCGAGCGAACUCCGCUUUUUCUGCGUCACUGAUCUUACCCCCGACCUUGCUCUUUUUGAGAGCGCGUUGCUGCAAUUGGAGUAGUUUCCGGUCCUCCCGGAGGUGUGCGAAUUGAAGCACGACAUAGGCCGCCCAGAAACGACAUGAAGCGCGGGACAGCGCGCCAGCGUCGAGCUCAAGUUGUUUGGGCUUUUCAGCGACUGGAACGGGAAUGGAGAUGGAGGGUGGGAGGAUGUCGUGAGAUCGCAGAUGACUGAGAUGCUCGAGCGGAUAGUAUCCGAGCAUGGACCAGCCUUGAAGCCGCUCGAUCGUCAGUAGAUUUCGCGUUGGUUGUGGUGUUCGCUCAAGCGAGAUGAGCCAUUGGAAUAUUUGGAGCAGACCUUAGAUCGAGCGUGGGUAGCAGUAGGCAGGGGGUGUGGAGGUGAACGUACCCCAGAAACGUCCCAGCGUCUGCGAGUCGCCCACCAUCCCCGCGAACUUUUUGAAUCCCUCGGCGGCGAAGCUCGUUGGCUCUUUCCUGAACCCCGCCCGGUAUUGGAUUCGGGCUCGCAGAUGCAGCAAUGGGACGAUGAUCUUGCAUAAAGCUUGCACCAACUGCUCGCAUUAUCUCAGCCAAGACACGGGCGCAGCCACGCCGAUACGCACUGUGAAGAACUUGCUGCACAUGAAUGACAUAAAUUCGUGUUUAGGCAGCAGAUAUGUAUAGCAGGGUACGCAACUCGGUCCCGCUCCAGGUCGAAAGCAUGCGCAGCAGAUGAUCGAGGUGUUUAGACGGCGGUGCGAGGCCCCAGACGCCCAGGACUGAGUCGUUCAGGCGAGCCAAUGUCAAUGGUUUCGAAUGGGCCAUGGUUGUAGUGAGCAAGAGCGUUCCGAGCCGGUAGGAACGGUGCAGUGGGGAAGGAUAAGUACCAAAAUAACACGUGUGAUCGCCACCAGUCGGCAAUCAGUUCUGUCCGGACCGCUCGGCGCCCACAAACGUCGAGCACGAUUGAGCAGAGUUUCCGCAGAGAUGAUGCAUAUAGGAGGAACCUUGUGUGGUCCGACCUGCUAGACCGUGGAAGCUCGGAAUCUGCGCGACAUCGAAUUCUCUGAUGGCACUCUAGUAUCACCGAUCAAUAAUGGUUUGAUGCAAGGUAAGUGCCAGUGUCAAUAAUUCCACAGUAAUGGUAGCAAGGAGAGGUCUUCCCUUUAUUGAUGACUCUAACAAGUGCACUAGCUAUGCUAUGUUCAACCGAAAAAAAUGAGUUAGCAUCAGUCUGGCUAUUGGUCUUUUUGAUUAACAAAAACAAUAGAUAUGUGCGGCCCUUGGCGUAUGAAAAGAAAGUAGUGCAAGUUGAUGGCCUGGUGGUUGUUUUCAAAAGAUAAAUGGACGUAAUCUAGGUGAUUCAGAGCCAUAUUACAGCAGCCCCAGAACAAUCAGGAAUAGAGAAACCACUAGAGAAUUUGGAAUCGGAAUGGAACUCAACUACAACUGAGUGUUAACGAUCAGUGUCUCCGCAUCUUCGGUAUCAGUCGGGAAUGGGGACAGAACAUUUCGCGGUGUCCCUAAGCAAUCACGCUGGGAUGAGUUGGUCGUUUCUUCUUCCCACGCGUCUCCCAAAGCAGAUAGAGGCUUCAUUUCGGCAGGCGAAACAUGGAAUGACCAGCUUCUCGAAUCUCGAUCGCGAACCAGAUUAAGGAUUCAUAAACCCACCCGUCACAGUGACUGGGUCGCGCUAGGUGGUACAAUUUUUUAAUAAAGGGCCUCAGCGAGCCUCACAUGUUUACUACGGGGAAUUGGGACCAGGCCUGCCCUCGCCCGCGGUUUUUUUCUCACUCAGUUCGCGUCAUGAAAUGAUCACAUGAUCGCGUUCGUCACGAGCUCAGCCGAGUCACACGCAUCUUGGGGCAAAUUACAUGUCGCUCUACAGUUGUAGAAUCCAUCGAUUAACUCUCCUUCGCUAUCAUCGGCGGCUUUUCUCGAUGGCCUCACUCGAAUCCCUCAACGAACAGAUCACUGCGCAGACUGUCCUCCUGAACCAGCUGCGCCUCCAGAACGAUGUGCCCGCACUCGAAGAAGCCAAGAAGAAACUGGGCGAGCUGAAGAAAUCGCUGGCGAUGUCCAAGGGCGCGGAUGCAGGGGGCAGCAAAGACGCGGCGAAGAAACGGGAACGUCUGCUCCUGAAAACGGCCAAGGGCACACGCGACUUUGGACCGGCGGAGAUGGCCUGCCGGGAACGCAUCGAGCGGACGGUGAAAGACUGCUUCUCCGCCUUUGGCGGCGCGUGUCUCGACACGCCCGUGUUCGAGCGCAAGGAUAUCUUGACUGGCAAAUACGGAGAGGACGCGAAGCUCAUCUUUGAUCUCAUGGACCAGGGCGGCGAGCAGCUUGCGUUGCGUUACGACCACACGGUACCGCUGGCAAGGUAUCUCGCGAUGUCGGGCGCCACGAACACGCAAUCCAAGUUAUGGCAAGUAGGCAAGGUCUACAGGCGCGACAACCCGGUCGUGUCCAAGGGCAGAAUGCGGGAGUUUUCUCAGGCUGAUUUUGACAUCUCUGGUACAUGGGACACGAUGAUCCCGGACUGCGAGAUCGUCAGUCUAUUGUGCACGGUGCUCUCCAAACUCGAUGUUGGAGAAUUCACAAUCAAAAUCAAUCACCGUAAAAUAUUAGAUGGGAUAUUCGAGGUCUGUGGCGUGCCGACAGAUAAGAUUCGCUCUAUAUCCUCUGCUGUCGAUAAACUGGACAAGAUGCCAUGGAUUGAGGUGAAGAAGGAGAUGACGGAAGAGAAAGGGCUGGAUCCCGUCGUGGCGGAUAAGAUUGGGGAAUACGUUAAACUGAAAGGUGGUCCCGAACUGUUGAAGACACUCGAGGCCGACUCCACUCUGCUGGCCAAUGCCAGUGCCAAACAGGGAGUCUCCGAAAUGGCGCUACUUUUCACUUACCUUGGCGUGUACGGUGUUACUGACAAGCUCUCUUUCGAUCUGUCACUCGCGCGUGGCCUGGAUUAUUACACUGGGAUCAUCUACGAGGCCGUGGUCGAGGCGUCUGCUCCUCCGGGAUUCCAGACCGAAGGCGCUGACGCCCCGAAGAAGAAGAGCAAGAAGCCCAAGGCGGAUGGCGAAGAGGAGGAGAUCGACGAGUCGACUGUCGGGGUGGGAUCCAUCGCUGCCGGGGGGCGGUACGACAAUCUCGUGAACAUGUUCACUGCAGCAGCGGCUGCCGAUGGGAAGAAGGCCGUCAGCCUACCUUGCAUUGGCGUGAGCUUUGGGCUUGACCGCAUCUUUGCCAUCGUGUGGCCCAAGUGGAAACUGCAGACCGGGCGAUGCAAGGACACGAUGGUGUACGUCAUGGCUGCCGGCGAUGGGCUUCUCGAGGAACGAAUCAGGCUCGUUCGAGAGUUGCGCGAAGGAGGAAUCAAGGCCGACUUCCUAGCCAAGAAGAAGCCCAAGCUGACCGCACAAUUUGCUGCUGGCGAGCAGGAUGAGGUUCCAUUUGCGAUCAUCCUUGGAGCCCAAGAGCUUGAAGACGGGCAAGUUCGGGUGAAACAGCAGAGGUGGAACAUCGUAGAUGGCGUGCGGGCCAAGAUCCAAGCAGAAGAGGGAGACAAUGGCGCACUGGUGCAGCGAGCCGGACUUGUGGAGUGGAUCAAGGCCACCAAGACGUAUCAGGAUGCG